CUUAGGGGCUCACAAGCUGUCCUUACCGCCACGCCCUGCACCUGCUCGCGAUGUCCACGCUGCUCCCAUCGGCAGCGAGUGCACCUCAGAGGCCGAGCUGCCGUGCCCCGCGGGGAUCCUCCCUCAUGUCUGGCAGUGGUGGCGCCAGCGCAAGACCCAAGGCAGAUCGCUCGAGGAGCCAGGUCCGUGGCAACGACACCCGCAAGAAGCCAGAAGACCAGGACACUCACGAGGACCAGCAGAUCGACCCCAAGAAGGCCCCCAUCGCCAGAGUCCGCCGCAGGAGGGGUGCUGCAUACAAGCCGAAGGCGGCGCCCAAGAUUCAGAACGGCAUGCGCGACCUCAUUCUCAUCCUGCUGCGGGCGACCUACCGGAACACGAAGAAGAUCAGGGAGCUCAAAGGAUGAAUCAUCACGACGGUGAAGGUCAGCGAGAAGGAGAAUCGCAACUACGCGCGGGCCAUUCGCCAAGAAGGAGAAUCACACGGAAGGUCCCCCCCCGCCCCAGGCGCAGCGAUGGCGAUGCUGGAGGCGAUGGCCCAGCAGGACAUCGGCUCCAAGAGCAAGACCGAUCUCACGGCCACCAGCGCCAUGGACCAGUUUCAGGUGCAGGACAUCUCCCCGAUAUGCAAGCUCGAGAAGGCCAACAAGAGCGGCCAGGCCAAUAUACUAUUCAACUGCAGGGGCUACGAGAUCAGGCAGUGCAUCAUGGGGGGCGCUCCACAACGCCGACGAACAAGCUUGUGUGAGAACAGCGCCAGCAGGAUUCGUGGAGGAUGAGCUGGCCCUUUGGAUGGGCGCCGUGAUGGACGAGCUCUAGAUUGGACGCCAACACUCCGCGCUAGACCAUCAACCGUGCCGCCCUCCCCCCCCCCGAGUGGCCUCGUGCACGCUUGCCCGUAGGGGGCCGUUCUGCUGCUUGCGGGAGGGGGCAUGCCGAGCUGCCCUACAGACAGCCCGACGGGGGGGGGAGGACUGCGCCUGAUGAGCCGAUCAUCACUAGUGAGUCCAUGAGAAGACUGGAAGCCACCAGCGCUACGACGGGGAUCUGCACCUUGCCACCUCUCCCUCACCGACAUUUCCGCCUACGCCAGCGCCGACUCCAGCUACCUGCACCCCAGCACCGACGGCAUCAACGGCAGCAAGUACGAGGCCGCACGAUGAGGCCGACGCCAGAAUGAGGCCACCAGCGCCUCACCAGUGCACAGGGCCAGCUCGCGAGAGGCACGAGGGGCCCACCAGCAUAAUAGGCGCCCUCCCCUCGACCUCCUUCUGCCCCCCCGCCGCCGGAUUCUGCUGCUGCCUCCAUGCCGCCCACUUCUCCCCUCUGUCCUGUUGCACCCGCCUAUCCCUGCUGACAGCUCGAGGAAGAGGUCGGGGCCGUGGCCGAAGCCGCGGUGUGGGACACAUUUCGAGGUGAGCUGGGUUGUGGGCCCACCGCUUUCCCGAUCGCUGGGCCGCUCGCAAUCACGUGAGCGGCGCCUUAGAAAAAACCGCCUUUCUGAGGGCGAGCACCGUCUAGGCUCCAGCCGUUGUUACUCUGUUUUCUGUGAUCUUGGAACUUCGGACAUUUGGUGUUGAGUGAGUGAUCCAUCC